CUGGGUAUUGUAGUUGCAACUAUAGGUACCUGAGUCGUGUGCUGUUUAUAUCAACGCAGAAUUUUAAAUAUAUAGAGAAUUAUUUAUGGAAAUAUAGAUAAUUAUUGAUACAUAUUGGCACUUUAGAGUUUCCGAAUCUUAUAUUAGAGUGUAAACGUGUCGGCAGCGCCGCUAAAAAAGAAAAUAAAACAUAACGGUCGACGUGAGGACUACAGCAAGCUGAACAUUACGACAUCUCAAACCGCUUUACGACUGUUUUCGUCGGCGUGAUGGCGACGUACGGAGGACGAUUUGAAAGCAAGACGAACAUCGAGGAGAGAAAAUCAGAAAAGAGGAAACAGAGAGAGAAUGUUCUCCACCAGGCAAAGAAGAAGUAUGAAGAUGAGGAGCGGAGGGAGGCAGAGAGGAAGGCCCGAGGUGAACACACCUGGAUGCUGCCAGAAAUUGACCAGCGUCUGCAGGAGAUGGGCCAGGAACAUUCUCUGAAGAAGAAGAAAAAGGAGAAAUCCAAAAAGAAGAAGAAGGAAAAGAAAAAGAAAAUGAAGAAAGAAAAAAGCAAACAGCAGGAGGAGGACGGCUCGUCCGACAACUCGGCGGACUCCGAUGAAUGGGUGGAAGCUGUGCCACAGUCAGGGGGCGUGGAAAAAGCUUGGAAGGUUGCAGAACAGGCCACACCCACUGCCAGUUCAACCAGUAAUGACCAAAGAGAUGAGUGGAUGACAUUUGAUUUUUUGGCCAUGAAGACGACAUCUGUUGCCGAGCGACGAGCACAAAAGGAGGCAGAGAAAGAGGCGGAGCGAGAGAAAGAACGCUCCAUCGAACAGGCCGGUCUCCACAGGCUGGAACUGAACCCUUACUGGAAAGAUGGAGGGAGUGGACUGCCUCCAGAGGAGACUGCUGGUACUGUGGUUAAAAAAGUGGUGGGGGUGGCCGAUGGGGGGUUGAGCUGGUUGAGGAAGUCGUAUCAGAGGAUGAAGGAGCAGGCGGAGAGAGAGCAGCGCAGGCUGGAUGAUGUGGUGGCAGAGAGAUAUGGGUCAAUGGAGGCCUUCCAGAAGAGACUCCAAGAAGCAGAAGAGGCUGCCUUCCCUCAGAGGAGCGAGAGAGGGACGAGAGACUUUAACGGACAUGACCAUCGGGAUGGAGAAAGAGAGGAAAGGAGACACAGAGACAGGGAGCGAGACCAGGGGCGAGACCAGAGGCAAGAGAGGGAGCGAGACUAUGGGAGAGAGAGGGAGCGAGACUAUGGGAGAGAGAGGGAGCGAGACUAUGGGAGAGAGAGGGAGCGAGACUAUGGGAGAGAGAGGGAGCGAGACUAUGGGAGAGAGAGGGAGCGAGACUAUGGGAGAGAGAGGGAGCGAGAGAGAGAGCAGGGCAGAGAUAGGGAGCGAGACAGAGAGAGAGAUAGAGACUGCGAUAGAGAGUGGUAUGUAGAGAGAAACAGGGACCAAGAAAGAGACAGGGAUAAAGAAAAAGGAAGAGAGCGGGAUGGAGAGAGAGAUAGCAAGCAGCCGAAGGAGUUCUCUCUCUCCUCCCUCAAAGGAAGCUUCCUCAAACCCUCUGACAGUGAUGACCUCAUGACCCCAGGGGAGGGCAGGAGGAAACCGGGCAUGACUGCCACUGCCUCUUCGUCCAAUAAGAAAGCACCAGCCUUCCUGAAACCCAGAGAUGAGGAUGAUGAUGAGGAUGUUCCAGCAUGGAGGAAGAGCAGUGGGGCGAGAGACUCAAAGGAGAAGCAGGAGAGAGAGGGAGUGAGGGAGGAGACGCAACAGCCUGAAAAAAUACAGCAGCCGACUGGCGCCGCCCUGGUGGAGGAAAGCAGUUCUGAGAGUGAAGAAGAUGAUGCUGAACAAGAAGUUCAGAUGCCGCUUCUUACAGAUGAGGAGAUGAACAAACUUGGAGCCAAACUGGUCAAAGCUGAGCUGCUGGGGAACACGGCUCUGAUGGCUUCUCUGAAGGCUCAGCUGGAAGCUGCGCGGAAAGCGAGAGAGAAUCAGGCACAGAAGCCCACUGCUCGCCCACCCACUCAGGUAACACAGGGGGAAGCGGAGGCAGAGCAGGACCUGGUUUUGUUCAGAACAGACCACUCGGGAAGAGCCUGGCCUGUAAGUGGACCCUCCCAGCAUGUGGAACCGAAAGGAGGGAGGCGGAAGAGAAAAGCGAUCGAGACGCAUGUUGCUGGCGAGCGUGUGCGGUACUUUGAUGAUGAUGACGGUAUGGAUUUGAGGGAGAUGGUGCGGCGAGAGAAGAUGAGUACAGCAGAAGAUCAAAACGCUCUCUACUCACGCAUGGCAGCUAAGAUGAUGGGGAAGCAGGAUGGUGACAACUACACACUGGACGACAUGUUUGUGUCAAGUGCUGCUCAGAAGGAGCGGGCAGGGCUGGAUGAAGAUCGUCAGCGCAGCAGGGCGAAGGAGGAGGCGCGCAGACUUGCUGGACGUCUGGAGAAAUGCCCCUACUGCUUCACCAGCCCGGAGCUGCCUAAACACCUCAUCAUCGCUAUAGGAUCGAAGGUGUAUCUGAGUAUGCCGAACUGUGUGUCUCUGACAGAGGGUCACUGUGUGAUCGCCCCACUGCAGCACCACUGCUGCUCUACUGGGCUGGACGAGGAUGUGUGGAGCGAAAUGCAGGUGUUCCGCCGGGCACUAGUGCGAGUGUUCGAGGCUCAGGAUCUGGACUGUGUGUUUUUAGAGACGCACAUGAAUCCAAAAAGGCGCCUGCACCUGCUGUACGAGUGUGUUCCACUGCCACGAGAACUGGGAGACAUGGCACCUGUUUAUUUUAAGAAAGCUCUAUUGGAAGCUGAUGAGGAGUGGGCGAUGAAUAAGAAAGUGGUGGACUUGUCCUCCAAAAACAUCAGACAGUCUGUUCCUCGUGGUUUGCCAUAUUUCUCAGUAGAUUUUGGUCUGCAGGGAGGAUUCGCCCACGUCAUUGAGAAUGAGCAGAAGUUUCCUCACUACUUUGGGAAGGAGAUUCUGGGUGGAAUGUUGGACCUGGAGCCUCGGCGCUGGAGAAAACCAAUCCGAGAGAACUUUGAUGAUCAGAGGAAGAAGGUCCUGGAGUUCUCUCAGUGGUGGAAACCAUUUGACUGCACCAAGACUGACAACUAGAUGCUUCCCACCAACUGUGCUUGGUUCAGUUAAAGUUAAAUCACACCAUUACUCUCGAGUUAUAUUGUUUUACAGAGAUCCUCCUGUUGCCAUGUGCUGAUGUAAUGUGAUAAAAUGAUUUUAUAAUUAAAGUGUUCUUAUAGCUCCUAAA